CGAGUGACGUGCGCUGAGUUCGUCAUCGGACGCGGUGGUGACGGCUAUGUCGGGGGCGGAGUUGCAGCGUUGCGUCCGCAGGAAGAUGGCGCUUCCCGCGGCUCCUGCUGACCGGCGUCUCCAGCCUGAGCCCGACGAGCAGCUGCACCUUAACCACCAGGACAUCGGAGAGCUGGGCCUGCCGCAGGAGCCAGACACCGAGGGAAUCCCGCUCCACUCUCCCUGGACUUUCUGGCUGGACAGAUCAUUACCUGGAACAACAGCAGCAGAAUGUGAAUCAAAUCUGAAAAAGAUCUACACUGUACACACUAUACAGAGUUUCUGGAGUGUGUACAAUAACAUCCCUCUCGUCACAAACCUCCCCGUUAGAUGGAGCUACCACUUAAUGAGGGGCGAGAGAAAACCUCUCUGGGAAGAAGAAAGUAAUGCUAAAGGAGGGGUGUGGAAGAUGAAAGUUCCUAAAGAAGCUUCUUCUUUGGUUUGGAAAGAAUUAUUGCUAGCUACUAUUGGUGAGCAGUUUACAGAUCGCUGUGCACCUGAGGAUGAAGUGAUCGGUGUCAGUGUGAGUGUUCGUGACCGGGAAGAUAUUGUUCAGGUCUGGAAUGGGAACGCCUCUGUUGUGGCUGAAGCAACGGUCCUAGAGAAAAUAUAUGAACUUCUGCCAAACACGUCUUUCAAAGCUGUAUUUUAUAAACCCCACGAAGAGCAUCAUGCCUUUGAAGGGGGUCGCUCAAGACAUUAGUGGAACGGCUGUCGAGUAAAAUUGUCUUUCUUUUUAACGCUUUCACUUCCAGAAGGGAUCCUGCAAUGUAUUGGAGUAUUGCUGGCCCGUCUCGGGUUGAAGGGUUAACGGUCUGUACCGGAGGAAGGCCAGGCACAUGUCUUUUUGCAAAGCGACACUGGUCAUUUUUUUUAGAUAUUUUUUUAACAACUUCAGAAUGGGCAAUUUAGUACUCAAAGUGUAAAUGUUUCCUGACUUAAUCUAAUAUUUAAUGUAAAAUAUAUAAAAAAAAACUACUUUUGCCACUUCUUCAUAUAAAUAUUCAGUGAAUACUGUGCAACCAGUAUUUAGCUUUUCAAUACCUUUUUCUGCCUCUGUAUAUGCGGGGGGUGUAUUAUAGCUGCGCUGCUGUGAGAUAGAGGGACCCCCCCCCCAGACUCUAGAGAAAUCUCUGACCUCCCUAUAAAGCUGCAUUCAGGCCUUAUUAACCCCCGCAGGUCUCUCCUGUCCCUUGGGAGAGUUUGGAUAUAUAUCCGCAGUAGCUGCCUCUCCCAGGACAACUGCUAAGAAUGCUGGGACUGUUUGUAUUUAUGUAUUUCACAUGCUGCACUUGUGUACAAACUACAGGAUUGUCAAGAACCCCAAAAGAUAAGGAACAUGUACCCUCUUUAUAAGCAUGGUUUGGCUUCCCUUUAGUUUCCCUUUAAAUAGACUUGAAUUAUAUGAAGGGCGUAGCUUUAGUGUGUGCAGGGGAUUCUUAGUUUGUGAAAAAGCAGCCAUAUUGUGCAACUCUGCAGCCGCUCCUUUCUAAGGGGUAUAUUUAUCAAAGAGUGAAGUUAGAGAUCGCCAUAGUCUGCUAGAGUGAAAUUCCGCACUCUCCAUUCAUUUCUAUGGGAUUUUGAAAGGCGUAUUUAUCAUUGAUUGAUAAAUACUGUUUAAAAAAUCCCAUAGAAAUGAAUGGAGAGUGCGGAAUUUCACUCUAGCAGACUAUGGCGAUCUCUAACUUCACUCUUUGAUAAAUAUGCCCCUAAGAUUGAGGAUUUUGGAGGAUUCCUCUACAGAGCACAAUGGCAACCCCCACUUGCAAAUCGCUAGCAGGCUGUGCACAUAUAUAAGAAGGGCUACAACUUGCCCACGCCUGAGCCGUGUCCUCAUAGCUUACGCUUUAUUUAUGGACAGUAAGGGUAGAACUCCACGGGCGAUUUUACCUGCGAUACCUUCCAUUCCGAAGCGAUGAGACUAGGGAUACACCAAAUUCGGGAUACUGCCUUUUUCAGCAGGAUUCUGCAGAAUCCUUGUGUCUGGCUGAACAGAAUUCUAGGGCUGGGAGGGAAAUCACGUGACUUUUCAUCACAAAAAAA